AUGGAUCAUCAUCAUCAUCGUCAUAGUUUAUUAUUCGAUAGUUUUGAUCAGACACCAUUGCAUGUUGCAUGUACCGAAAGUAAUAGUGAUAUAGUUAGCGUUUUACUCAAACGUGGUGCAAAGGCUGACAUGAAAGAUAAACAUGGUUGGACUCCACUUCAUUGUUCUGCAAGUAAUGGGAAUUUCAAAUCAUGUGAAUAUUUAAUUCAAAAGGAUCCAUCGUUGGCAUUGGUAUGUGAUAAUCAUGGUACAAGUGCAUUCCAUUAUUUGGUCAGAAAAUGGGAUGCAAACAUUUCACCAAAAAUAUUGUCGGCCAUUGUAAAGCAUGAUCCAACCAUUGUAAAUCUAACAGCCAACAAUUUAGAAACACCACUUCAUCAUGCCUGUCUAAAGAAUUGUGAAGGUAGCAUUCAAUUUUUAUUAUCUCAUAAAGCUGAUGUAAACAGAAGAUCAAUUAAUGGAGAAACAUGUUUAACAUUUGCAAUUAGAGCUGGAUAUAAAAAUGUUGUAAAGAUUUUAUUGGAACAUGGUGUAGAUGAACAAGCAUUUGAAGCAGCUUAUCAAAUUGCAGCUGAACAAAAUAUGGAAGAUGUAAAGACAAUGGUCGAACAACAACAACAAUUUGGAAAAAUCAGAACAUCAAACGAAAAGGUAUACAAACAAGGUUAUCUUUUCAAAAAUUAUGGAAAAUUAAAAGGCUGGAGAAAAUGUUGGAUCAUCCUAGAUGGUAUUAAAAUUAAAAUGUGUCAAUCUGAAGAGGAAUAUGAACAAAUUCAAGGAGAGAUUUCAUUAAAAGAUAUUGAUUCAAUUUCUAUUGAUGAAUUACCAGGAUAUCAAUAUUGUAUUUCCAUUACAUCAAAAGAUAACAUCAAGACUAUUUUUGCAGCAGAGGAUAAGGUAUCAAUGGCCAAAUGGGCACUUGCUAUCGAUGGAUUAAAGUUUAAAUUUUUUGAUUCUUGUAUUAAUCAAUUCACAAAGAAAUUAUUAUUAAUAUAUGUAUAUAAAGAAAAUUAUAAAGGAGGAAUUAUUAAAUCAUCAUUUGAGGAAGAAUGGACAUAUAGUAGCGACGGUAUUUUACAAUGCACAGAAGCAGCAUGGUGUGCAGAUAGUGGAGGAGCAAGCAGUAUGACCUACUUGUGGGAUGGACAACAUUUGGUGCCUCAAAAUGGAUCGCAUUCAUUGGGUUGGGGUAAAUUUAAUGGGUUCAUAUUCGAAUGGUUGUUGGGCGAACUCGGAGAAAGAGGUGUCAAACUACACGAAUACUACUGGGAGGAAAUGGAACGUGAAUAUAUAAACAAGGACCCAAUGAUUGAUUGGAAAUGGACAAGACACUUUUUAACUCUAAAGGCCGAAGGUGGAAGCUACUUUUUGGUCGAAGGUGAUGUCCCUGAACCAAUUGUAUUUUUCUUGACCCUUUUACGAUAUAGUAGAUUAAAUGCCAAGAAUGAAAUACAAUAG